UAUAAAUUCGGGUCCGGGUUGAACCCGGUUCAAGCUCCCUGGAACGGCAGAAGGGUUCUGAUAGGGUUUUGGGCGUUGCCAGAUCGUUUCACUGCUCAGGUCUCAGUCCGCUUGGAUUCUACCAUUUUUAAGUCAGCUGAGCUUUCAGUGAAUCCAAGCUGUAAUAAUUGGAACCAUAUAUUAGUUGGCUCUCUUUGUAGGCGUAAUGCAACGGAGAAAGAUAAACAUGACGUUAAGGCAGUUGUUUAGCAGACAUGCUGGUUAUCUAUCAAAAAGCAAUGGCAGGAUGUGGUCAUCACAAUCGUCUGGUUACAGAUGUGUUGCUACGGCUACCAUGAACACACGCCCCUUAUUUUACACAUCAGGAGAUUUCAGUGCAUCUUCCAAUAGUGGGCCUAAUAAUCCCAAGUUUUAUUUGCCUCAAGGUAGAUACAUGCACAGUUUACAAGGAGUUAGUUUAGAAGAUUCUUCGAGCGAUUUGGAAUGUGAAUCCGAAGAGGAUGCUACCAUGAACGAGUUCUUGUCCCGGUUUGUUUGGAUAAUGACUAAAAAGCUCAAUGAAGCUUAUCCUGGAUGCGACAAGAAUACAAUUGAUGGGAUGCUUGUGAUUAUUGUCGGGAAAGUUGUUUCAGAGUUGCAAAAGGGUGGUCUUGAGCAAAUGAUGGGGGCGUCUGCAUCAGCGUCCUCGCAAGAUUUCAGUCCGGAUUUAUGGAGAACAGUGUGGGAUGUCAGCAAUGUUGUUCUUCAAGACAUGGAGAAAGAAAAGAAAAAGGAGAAAAUGAAGAGUUUUCUUCAGUCUGAGGAAGUUAAGGAGAUGUACAGGUUUGCUGGUGAAGUGGGCAUUCGUGGGGAGAUGCUAAGAGAGCUCAGGUUCAAGUGGGCACGGGAAAAGAUGGAGGAAAGUGAGUUUUACGAGAGUUUGGAGCGAUUUCGGAAGGAAGAAGCCCAAAGAGAAACUAAAGAGAAAGAGCAAUCAGUAAACAGUACUGUUAGUAGAGUAGAAGGAAUGGGAGACACUGAUAACGCAGAUGAAGGGAGUAAACAGAAGACUGUCUCGCUUCCCCAGAGACACGGGAGGAUUAAAUACAAGAUUUAUGGACUUGAUCUUUCUGAUGCAAAGUGGGCUGAGGUGGCUGAUAAAAUUCAAGAGAGUGGUGAAAUUUUGUGGCCCCAGGAGCCAAAGCCAUUAUCUGGUCGGUCCAAAUUGGUUACUGAUAAGAUCCUCUCUUUACAAGAAAGGGAUGAUCCUGCACCCAUUUUAGGUGAAUGGAUAGAGCUUGUCCAACCUAAAAGGGUUGACUGGAUUUCUCUUCUUGACAGAUUGAAAGAUCAUAAUUCUCAUACUUACUUUAAGGUUGCAGAAUUUGCACUUGGUGAGAAGUCCUUCCAACCAAACAUCCGUGACUAUUCUCAGGUGAUUGAUUCUCUUGCCAAAAAGAAUUGCUUGGAAGAUGCUGAAAGAAUUCUGAAAAAGAUGAAUGAGAAUGGUAUUGUGCCUGAUGUUAUCAUGUCCAGCAUUUUAGUUCACAUGUACUGUAAAUCAGGAAAUCUUGAUCAAGCAAAAGAGGCAUUCGAUGGAUUAAGAGCGCAUGGAUUUCAACCGGACACAAAGGUCUAUAAUUCCUUGAUAAUGGCCUAUGUGAAUGCUGGUCAACCCAGACUUGGUGAAUCUUUAGUGAGAGAGAUGGAAAAUAGGGACAUAAAACAAACAAAGGAGAUAUACAUGGCUUUGCUUCAGUCCUUUGCUCAGCGUGGAGAUUUUGAAGGAGCCAACCGAACUUCCACUGCUAUGGAAAUUCUGGGUGUCCAACCAAGUCUUGAAUCCUGUACAUUAAUGGUUGAAGCAUGUGCUCGAGCAGGUAACCUUGACCGUGCUCAACAAAAUUUUGAUCAGAUGAGGAAGCUUGGUUUCAAGCCAGAUGACCGAUGCAUGGCUCAUAUGAUUGGCGCUUAUGAAAAGAAGAACUUUUUGGAUGAUGCCUUGAGUCUUCUUAUUGAGCUUGAGAAGGAUGGCUUGGAGCCUGGUGUUGCUACUUAUACAGUUAUGGUUGAUUGGUUGAGUAAGUUGGGGCUCUAUGAUGAAGCUGAGCAGAUAUUGGGUAAGAUUGCUGAACUGGGUGAGGCUCCACCAGUUAAGCUCCACGUAAGCCUUUGUGACAUGUACAUUAAGGCUGGGUCCGAGAAGAAGGCACUUCAAUCUUUAGGAGUUCUAGAAUCAAAGUUUGAGCAACUGGAGCCUGUGGAAUUUGAAAGAAUUAUCAAUUCACUUAUAGAUGGUGGCUUUAUGCAAGAUGCUCAAAGAAUACAAGGAUUGAUGGAAGGUCAAGGAUUUGAAUUAUCCAAUGCUCUAAAGGUGAAGUUGAUGGCAUCUCAAACAAUGGGAAAGAGCAAUAAAAGCACCAAGGCCAAGGCCUCACAAUCAAGCAACAAAUGAACAGAGAAUUCUAUUAUCACCUAGGAUAAUGCCUUGUUGCUUGGAGGAGGAAUAUUCUGAUUUGAUGUUCUGAAGCUUUAGUCUACCGGAACCUAAUCAAGUAUCUGCAGAAAAUUUAAACGUGUUUUAUGUGUUCACUUUUCAAGCCAAACAAUCAACAGUGGAAUCAUCUCAGACAGAUAGAUCACUGGUCCUUCAAUAAAAUGGACUGUGGUGCCUAUGUUAUACUUGAUGCAGGUCCGUUACAAAGAUGGUGACAUGCUUGACCUCAUUUUUUGUUGAAGAUUGAACUUUAUGUUGUUUCUGUGGACAUCUUUAAUGUAUCAAGUCAGUUUGAAAAUGAUGCAUUGCACUUCAGGAAAUAAUUAAUGUUCAUUUUUCCUUUCUAGUUUGGAGUUUGA